AUGGCUUCGUUUCUCCUGGCGCCAUUCACGCCGCUGACUCUCCGGAUCAAAGUCUUGGGCGUCAGUCGAUUAUUCGGAUCAUUCGAGAAUCUUCAUGGCGAAGACACCAAAGUCAUUCCGGAUACCUUGUUCACAGAAGAUUUGCACUACCAUGCCCCGUCGCAUCAGCUGUUCGGCGCGUCCGAAAGUGAGGACAAGACCAGGAAUACAUGGUUUCCUCCAUUGACCAACUGGAACGAACCGGAGUCGAUCGGCCAAGGAACCAUUAUCGUGAUUGAUGCCAAUACCUUGAGUGCUACACGUCUGACGUUGCUGAAUUUCAAGGGACCCUUCAACACCCAUGGAAUCGAUAUCUACUCUCCUCCCGAGGAUCCAAGCUCCGUCUACAUUGUGGCAGUGAAUCAUCUGCCCAACCCGGCCUACUAUGAGGCCCCCACUCGCCCGAAACCUUCCAAGGUUCCCCAAGCCCGCUCUCGGCUGGAGAUCUUCCAUCAUAAAAUCGGCUCCAAAGAAGCAACGCACCUGCGGUCCGUCUGGCAUCCACUGAUCCGAACCCCAAAUGACGUGUAUUUCCAAACGCUACAUGAGAUCUACGUGACCAACGAUCAUUUCUACCGCGAUGGAGUUAUGAGACUCGUUGAGGAUCUUGCAUACGGAAAGACCGCCCCGACCGACCUGAUCCACCUGAAGAUCGCGGAUCCCAUCACUCAAACCCUGAAGUCCGGAGGGGAGGUAGAUGAUAUGGCUGGUGUGAUUGGAACCGUGGCGAACAAAGGGAUUCACAACAACAAUGGUCUGGGUCACGGCAAAACCCCGUCGGAGAUCAUGAUCUGCCGUACGGCCAUCGGCCAGCUUCUCCUGGCGGAAGUGGACCAGCAACACAAACCACAGCUCAAGAUUCACGAGACAAUUCAACUUCCCUGCACUCUGGACAAUCCGUCCUACUUUGCCGAUCCGUACGUUGCCAAAACCGGGGGAGAUGCCAGCGGAUAUGUCCUUGCUGGCCUAGCUCAGGCAAUCGCCUUCCCGAAUGGACUGGACCCGGUGAUGGUCGUGCUGGUCCAGCCCAAGGCAAACACCGAGUCCAAGAUCAAAGACAAAGGCGGCAACAAGUGGACACAAAAGGUGAUUUUCCAAGAUGACGGCCAUAUUCUCCGAACCGCCAGCACAGCUGUUCUGGUAGCAAUUGACCCGGAUGAGAACAAUGGGAAAAAGCAAGCAAACCUCUUUGUGACCGGUCCGCUGGCCAAAGGGGUCGUGGUCAGUAGGAUCGACCUUUGA